AUGAACGCGAAACUAGUGCUUUUGGGGGUGAUUUUCGGGCUAUUCGCGAGAUCGACGAACGCCCAGCAUCGUCAGAUCGGCGGAAAAGACGUAAGCGUCCAAGAGUUUCCAUUCGUCGUAGCCAUCACGUACCUGCGCGAGCUAUGCGGUCACGGAGCAAUCAUCGAUAGGCGUUGGAUAGUGUCGUCAGCCAGCAGUUUCUACAACCAACCGUUCUCGGAGUACAAUGUGGCGUUGGACACGGAUGAUUUCAAUGGUAUAGCCAAUUGGCAGGAGGUGGAAAACAUCUUCGUGCAUCCGGAGUGGAUCGGCUGGGACCACAACAUCGCGCUGGUAAAGCUUAAGCAAGAACUCACGUAUUCCGGCACCAUCCAGCCGAUCAACAUACCCACCAGCGACACGAGUAGGCCAUUGGAUGUGACGAUGGUGUCGUACGGUACAAACGAAGAAUCAACGACGCACCUUCGCGGAGCGUCAUAUACUCUUAAGACGGACGAGAGCUGCCUCAAAUUGCUGCAAGAUUUCUCCGCCAAGGAUGUCAUCACGCUGGGACAAGGAUACUGUUUGAUUCCACCCGAGGGAGCUGAACGAGGGCAGUAUGCUAACGACGCUGGUGCCCCCGUCGUUAAAGGUGACGAGCUGUACGGACUGUUCGCAUUCUCCGAGAACACGGGCGGUGUCAACCAGGUGUCCGUCGUGACACGAGUCAUGUUCUUCACGGAUUGGAUCCAAUCCAGCAUCGCCAAAAACAGCUAA